CUCAGUUUCCAUGGUUAUCGGACACACAGUAAAUUUUACGGAGAGUUUGUAUUGUAUUAUCUCAAAUUCUUUAUCAUAUUUGUAACUUUUUAAAUUUAUAAUGAUUCCCCCAAAUACAUCCCUGGUCAAAUAUGACAACCCGGUACUUGUUAGCCGUAACCCAGAAAAGAAGACACCAAGGGCUAGGGCAUUGAAGACAAGCUCUCCACCACCUAGCAAUGGCGGCCCAGUACCAACCCCACCUCCGAAAGGUGGAAGUAAACUCCCUCCGAUGGAGGCUCAGAAAGCUCAACAGACAGAUGAAAUACUUAACUCUAUUCUACCUCCAAGGGAGUGGACAGAGAAUGGUCAACUUUGGGUACAGCAAGUCUCCAGUACGCCAGCUACUCGUCUAGAUGUUGUUAACCUUCAAGAACAGCUGGAUAUGAGACUACAGCAACGACAAGCACGAGAAACAGGCAUAUGUCCAGUCAGGAGGGAGCUAUAUUCACAAUGUUUUGAUGAAUUGAUUCGCCAGGUGACUAUCAAUUGUGCUGAGCGCGGUCUACUUCUCCUGCGUGUACGAGACGAAAUUAGAAUGACAAUCGCUGCCUACCAGACCUUAUAUGAGAGCAGUGUAGCGUUUGGAAUGAGGAAAGCCCUACAGGCUGAACAAGGCAAAGCAGACAUGGAAAAGAAGAUACAAGAACUAGAACAAGAUAAACGAGACCUUGAGCGAGGGGUCAAUGAACUGAAGGCUAAAUGUGAUGCUAUCGAAAAGCGAGAAGCCGAACGAAGGCAAGUUGAGGAAAAGAAACACUCAGAGGAGAUUCAGUUCUUGAAAAGGACCAAUCAACAGCUAAAGACCCAGUUGGAAGGGAUUAUUGCACCUAAGAAAUAAACACUAAUGAUGAUUAACUUAUGUAUAAAAAAGAAGCCUGUUUAUAUCAUUUGUACAUACCUACAUUGACUUUAACAUUCUUUGAAACAAUUCCAGCUCCUCAUCCGUGGGAUUAUCAAGGAAUAUCUUCUGAAGUUGGCUACAUAACUUACUCUAGUUCUUGUGAAACUUUUGUAUAAUACACUUCCUUGCUUGCUACACUCUCUGUGGUGUCCUAACUUACAAACAAAAAAAUAUUAGACGCAUUUCCAGUAAAAAAUAACUACAUUCUCUCUUUGAUUACAUUGUAAAAAAGAUUAGAAUUUAAUGGUAUAAUGAGUAAUAAUUUUACUACUCAGCAGUAAGGGUCAGAUUUUCCGUCCAUAAAACAUUUAAGAUUUUGACAAAUUGAUUCCCUCCGUCUGCUUCCAGUAAACACUGCACUGAAUUUAUUUGAAAUUCAAAUACCAAAUAGUUACUAUAGAAUUGGUUCAACAGUUUAAAAUUGUUUAACAAUUUAUUGUAGUUAUUAUAGUCAUGUUUUAUUUUUGGUCUGAAUCUAUUAAAUCAUAUAUUUGUUGGAUUU